UGUGUAGAACCGCCACUGAAUGUUACGUUAUGUAUUUUCAUAGUAUUGUGGAAGUUUGUAUCUGCACCAUCUUGGCUCUUCGUAGUAUCUUUGGUGUAAUGCUGCGCACUCCGACACAGCAAGCGGCGCUGUGCGCCUUCAAGUCGAGUCUGUGGAUUCGCCCCUCAAAACAACGAAAAAGAGGAGUAACUUUGAGCUAGAUGGGUCAAUAAAUGUGAUCCAGUCGGAGAAUCUCAGACAUGUACCGCUGGGUGUCGAGGCUGGCUGAGCAGCGCUGGCACUGUUCAGUCCGCUGUAUGAGCUCUGCAGUCAGGAGAAGGAGAGCCCUGCAGAGCGCCUUCCCGCUGCUGCAGCAGCCCCUGCAGCCCGUCCACCAACAUGUGUACCAAGAGAACCUGAGAAACAGCAACAGCUGCCACCAGCAGUACAUGGAGUGGAGCGAAAAGGUAAAGAAAGGUGGAGGAGAACUGGCCACCGCCAGACACACUCAGAGAAACAGGAAGCUGCUGGUCAGGGAUCGGCUGCGGCUCCUGCUGGACGAUGACGACUACCUGGAGCUGUCACCGUUCGCUGGUCUGGGUCUGCCAUACGGGGACAUCCCUUCAGCCGGCUGCCUGACGGGUAUCGGCAGGAUCAGAGGCCUGUGGUGUGUGUUCAUCGCCUACGAUGCGACAGUGAAAGGCGGCACAGCGUAUCCAAUCACAGUGAAGAAGAAGCUGAGGGCGCAGGACGUCGCAAUUCAGAACCGCCUGCCUUGUGUUUACCUGGUCGACACUGGAGGAGGCUUUCUACCACUGCAGUCAGAGGUCUUUCCAGAUAAGAACCACGGAGGAAGAAUGUUCUACAAUGAAGCCAUCAUGUCUGCUAUGAAGAUCGCACAGGUGUCGGUGGUGUGCGGGUCGUGCACGGCGGGUGGAGCUUACAUCCCCACCAUGGCAGAAGAGACGGUGAUGGUGCACCAGAUAGGGACCAUUUUCCUGGGAGGACCGCCACUCGUCAAGGCCGCCACGGGAGAGGAGGUGACGCCAGAAGACCUGGGAGGAGCCCGGCUUCACGCCGAGGUGAGCGGCUGCGUGGAUCAUUUGGCCUGGGAAGAAAAGGAGGCGUAUGAUUACACCAGAAACAUCGUGUCCACCCUCAACUUCCAACUGCCUGAGGAGGAGGACGAGGAGGAGACGAAGAGGAGGGAAGCUGAGGAGGAGCCGCUGUAUCGCUCAGAGGAGCUGCUGGGGCUCGCUCCGAAAUGUCACGACCACAGUCUGGAUGUUAGAAUGGUGGUCAGUCGGCUGACGGACGGGAGCCGCUUCCAGGAGUUUAAAGCUCGUUAUGGAGACACACUCGUCACCGGCUUCGCAAAGAUACACGGUCACCUGGUGGGGAUAGUGGCCAACAACGGGGAGCUGUCGUACCAGGCCGCACUGAAAGGAAGCCACUUUGUCCAGCUGUGUGACCAGAGAGACGUCCCCCUCCUCUUCCUCCAGAACACAGCACCCACUGCUGCUGCUACACUCUGCACAGAUCAGGCGGAGGUGGACAGUAACCGUCUGAAGGCUCAGGGCUCGAUGAUGUCAGCAGUAGCGUGUGCCUCCGUCCCCAAAAUCACCGUGGUGAUCGGUGGUUGCCACGGCGCCGACAGCUACGCCAUGUGUGGGCGGGCCUUCGACCCUAACUUCCUGUUCCUGUGGCCCAACGCCAGAGUGUCGAUGGCGGCUCCGGGUCACGCCGGCUCUCUGCUGUCCCCUGACAGCGAGCAGCAGCAGGAGGAGGAGAAGAUGAACCAGAGACUGAAGGAGGAGAGCUCAGCUUUCUUCUCCUCCGGCAGGCUCUGGGACGACGGAGUCAUUCUGCCUCAGGACACCAGGAAGGUUGUCAGAGACUGCCUGGACAUCAUCAAACAGCAGCAGUAUCAGCUCUCCACAGAGAAACUACAGUCUCCACUUCUACGGAUAUAAAAGCUUCCAUCCUUCUUCCUCAUCACAACAAACAUCUAUCCAUUGGUCAUGUUUCCCCAAUUUGUGCACUGAAAUAAUCAAGAACUAUAAGUGUAACUAUGUGUGCCUCGCAGAAAUGUUGUUUUGUUCAAACACAGUUUCCUCUCAGGCUUUCGGUCCACUAAACUACAACGCUAUAGUUACUUUGUGGGGCUUUUACUUUGAAAAACGGCCUUAUCCUAGUUUUCCUGUUCAAACACAAGCUGUGUCCCAAAGUCAAGGAUCCUUCCUUGGUAGGAUCCUUCCUUCAGAGUCGGGUCUUCCGGAGGCGAGGCAAGAGUCCUUCCAUCACUGCGAUAACGGACAAAUGGGACAGCCUUCAGUGUGCAGGUGUGCGUUGUUGCGUAAUUGGACGUCCUGCUGAAAUUCAGUGCCGCAAUUUCAAAAUCAGUUCACGACAUGGACGUGUUUUUGGCAUCAGCACUCUGACACAUAUUAGUGGAAAUGGAAGAAGAAGCUUUAAGGUUGAAUUUCCACGAUUUAGCAAGUAAAAGCCACAAAGUGGAUUAAGCCUGAAUUUUUCACUGAUCCUGGCUGAAUAUUGCCACUAUUCAGUUUCAUAAAAGCAGCGGAGCAUAACUCACCAUGGAAACCUGUUCUGUGAUUUUUUUAUUCUAUUUUACAGUACAGUACAAUAACAGUUAUUUAUAAAUAUCAAUAACGGAUAAUAGCGGACUUUCAGUCCCUGUAAACACAAUAAAGAAAUGUAUAACUUUCUGAAUGGCAUAGUAGCGUAUUACCUUUGCACAUACUACAUCAUCAUCUGAUGCAUAUAAAUGAAUUAACAAUAACUUUGGCCACUGAGACGGCAUUAAUUAACUUAACUGGCAAUGUAUCAAAAUGAUAUUUAUUAUCUUUUAGCUAAAUAUUCUGGCGUUUAUGGAUAUGGUUUGCGUGACUAUGAACACAAGUUUUGUAAGUUAUGUGAAAACAUUAACACAUCAGUUUACACAUCAGUGUAAACUGAAAAUACUUGUAUAUUUAAAUUCAUGUUGCGCCGCCAGCGUCGCGUUUCUUCACUCGCCAUUUUUAAAUCUCUGUGCGCAAGGCAUUAUGGGUACUCGGGGCGCACGGAGGAUACACACAUGCAUCCUUGGAAUUUGGGCAGAAGAAGGACUCUGUCCUCCGGAGGAUCCUGGACAUUGGGACAGUCCUUCAGCUGUCGAUGUUGAUGACGUAGUAUCCUUCAAACUCAGCCGUUUGAGGAUCCUUCCUUGACUUUGGGAUACAGCUACGGUUUCCUCUAUUCUGCUAAACAACGAUGUUAUAGUUACUUUG